GCUGAUUCUCGGGAUGGUGAAGCUCCUAUAUGAUGCCCGACUGGCCAGACUAAACCUAUUUCCAUUGUCAUAUAAAAGAACGAGAGGUGACUCGACCACAGAUUUUAGAUUACUUAGUGGUAAAUUUGCAUCUGAUAUGCCCUCACUCUUCCUGUCUUUCGGAACAGAAAACUUACGAGGACACUCUAAAGCGUUCACAAUCCCAGAACAGAUUACUUGUCAGCUGACUAUCGACUUCCCCAUCGAAUCAUCAACGAAUGGUAUGCAUUAAAUCAACACGUGAUUGAAGCUCGAUCUGUCUACGCUUUCAAAAGAAAGUUGAAUCAACUGAGAGACCACUACUGCCAAGACUAACGGAAGCUUCCUGAUCUUCUGUCCUUUUCAAACUGGAACUGAAUUGGCAUGUGUUGUUAUUUACAUCAUCAGAUAGCGCGCUCUAAAUACUGUGUGCGUUACAAUGUCAUGAAAGGCAGUCCUAAUUCCAGAAAGUUAUGGCUUCUGAAGAACUCAAUAACCUAAGAAAACCAUCUGCAAGACGUUCGAAACCUAAUAUGGCGGCUCUAGUAGACCAGCAGAGGCUUUUCGAAAAUCCUUGGAGUCGGAAGCCCUUAUUCCAGCUAGAAUCACUCGUACCAGUUGUCUCUUUGCAUGAUGUAGGAUCUCACCCAAGUAGUAUUGAACGGGUUGAUAUGACUUCAACAUCCCUUGCUGAAAAACGUUUCCUCAAACAUCCAUCUGUUAGUUUCAAAAUACACAAGUUUUGUUUUGUACUCUUACUCUAUUUUGUCACCCAGUUUUGAGCAAUUGUACGGGGGUUCGUCUUCCCGAAAUUAGUUGAUGUAAAAGUGAUAGCUGUUUAACUUACUACUGAAAUGUUAUGUUUAACAGUUUUUUAAUAUAGCCCUUCAAUAUGUGUAGCGAUGAGCCUAGUUUGCUUGGUUAUAUGCGUCUGAAUGCAUCACUUGCGUAACGAAGUCUGGUCACACCGCUGAUUCAUAGGUACUCAAUUAAUUCUGGGAUCCUAUUUUUUUCAUUUACUGUGACCAGGAAGUCUUUCCCUUUUAACAUGAAUUAACCACAUUCACUGGCUUAAUAAAAUGUUGGUAUGUCUUAGCCGUGUAACUCUGCUUCCUACUACCUUCGUCGUACUCUGGUAAGCGCAUCUACAGAAGUUUGAGAUAACAGAUCAUGGUUCUUAUCAUGUGAAUUGAUAGUUAUGCAACAUUAACUAGCUUCUACUUUGUUUGAGACUUUCCCAUUUAUAUUAGCAUCGUUUUCUUUGUGGUUUUGUUCUGUUUUAGAAAUAUUUCGAACACCCCUAGUCAAAUAUAAUAAAUAUAGUGGUUUUUUAAACAUUACAUAUAUAUUAGUCUCGUCCUAAAGCUUUUCGUUAACAUGUGAUAUAUCACUUCUCGAGUGAGUUUAUUUUGUAAUAGUGGGGAUCCGGGUAUAUCCAAACAAAAAUCUCUUAGGACAGCAUUAAUGUUAAAACCAGAUUACCUUCAGCCUAAUUAAUGGGUAUAAGCAGUUAAUGAAGUGACUGCUUUAAAUAGUGCACAUUACUUAAUCUUGUGAAACUUGGGAGUUGUGUUACUGCUAACCGGUCAAACAGCAAAUAAAUGUUCUAUCGGUUUCUUACUUUGUACUUUUAUUAUUUCACAUGCUCUCAGUCUGUUUUCGUCAUAUGAUUUCAUUAUAAAUUCUAUUCAAUUCGAAUCCUUUUCCAUCAUUUUUCGGCAUAAUGUUCUUUUGCUGUGCAUGUUUAGAAACUUUAGCAGACCCUGUCUUUUACCAAAUAUUCUUUCUUAACUGUGUUUAGUUGGCUUGCCAACCUAAGUAGUGUCAAGCUCAAGGAUAAGUGGCAUAUUUGUGAUACCUUUUAUUUAUGGAUAUUCAAUUUUUAAGCAUAUUUAUAUUGUCGAUUGUUUCCCUUAGCACUCAGUUAAGUCCGUCAAGGAUGGCGACAAUAUGACUGUAAACCGUGGCUCCCUAUGUGUUUACUCAUUUAAUAAAUUGGAAGCGAAUAAGAUUCAUGGUCAGGCUUCGUUCUCUUCAUCUGAUGAUUCAGAUAUUAUGGAAAACAAUAAUAUAACUUCAGUUGAUGAAGAUGAUGAUCUACCUUUGUCUACAUUCCUUCCCUUGAAAUCAGAUACUUUGACCAAUAAUACAACUAUUAUUACCAAUCAUCAUUAUCAUAAUAAUGAUAAUAAUACUAACAAUAGUAUUCAUGAUGAAAAAAAUUUCAUACCAUUUUGUCCAUGUACAAAACCUGCAGUUCUAGAUGAUCCACGUUUAGAUGGAUUAUUUUGUUCACCUGAAUGUCUUAUACGUGCAUGUCAUGAAGCAUUUGAUGUAUGGUUAAGAAAUCAUCAUUAUAUUAAAAAUAAUUCUAUAAUUUAAGUAAUAGAAACGAAUGCAGAUGAUAGUUAUGCUUUCAUAGUAUUUGUUAUAAAUCUCAUUUAAAUGUGUACAUAUUUAUAAAUAUUGUUCGGAAUUACUUUUGCUAAUCAAUGUUGAAUCAAAUCAUAUAUAUAUAUAUAUAUAUAUAUAUAUAUAUAUAUAUAUAUAUAUAUAUAUAUAUAUAUAUAUAGGAUGUUUGUAUGAUUGAAAUGUGUACAGAUCAUUAUGUAGAAAGAACCAUAUUCUAAUGUUGUUCUCUUUUUUAUUAUUAUUAUUAUUAAUUAACAGCAUUUAUAUGAAUUGUGAAUAGGAAAUCGAUUUUGUGCACAAGAAAUAGUAGGGAAAAGAAGCAAAUCUAUGUAUGUAAUUAAACAAUAUAAUAUCCGAGUAAAAUAUUCAAUGUGUGCUUUUUUUUUAAGAAGAAAGAUAUCAGUAAUUCAUUUGUUUGAGCUGCUUAGUUUAAAGAAUAAAUAAUGAAGUCAAUUGAAGUACCGAAUUGCGUAAUUAGUGUAUGAAAAUAUACUUGUCAUUGUACUGAUUAUAAGUUCUUCUUGUAAUUGACUUAACAAGGAUAAUUACCCUUCUUUUUUGUAAGAUGUCCUAGUUUAUUGAUAAAAUGACUAGGAUGGAUGAUAUGAUUAGGUUUUUAAUGUUUAAUCAUUGGAUCAGUUCUUAAACUUCAUUUGAAUUAGUCAUAAAAGACAGAACUAUCAACUGUCAUUCAGUGUGAAGUGGUUGUUGGCUUAUCUCGUUGGUAUUUCUUUACUAGAUUUUGAUCAUUCAACAAUGAGGUAAUUUAAAAACCAUUACAAAUGGGAAUAAAAUACAUAAAUUAUUAUAGAUAUGAGUAGUUGGUUAUAUGGACUCAGUUGAAAACGCGAUGAGUGUUUGAAGUAAAUGGUCCUGAAUUUGUGCAC